AUGGGAAAUUGCAAUAUCAAUGAAAAAAAAGAGGAUCAAAUGGAAAACAAUGGUAUUUAGAAUAUAUAGGUAGUGAUGUCUGUUUAAAAUUUUCAAUUUAUUGAUGCCAUUGGAAGAGGUGGUUUUGGCAAAGUGUGGAAAGUUCGACAAAAAAAGAAUAAACAAUUUUAUGCCCUCAAGGUGAUGUCUAAACCCAAGUAAUCUAUUGUGAAUUAUCUAGGAUCAUAAACAAGAAAUCUGUUUAGUCAGUAAUGAAUGAAAAAGCAUUGCUCUGUGGUUUAAAGCAUAAGUAUAUAUGGAAAUUAAAAACAAGCUUCUUGAUCAAUAUGCAAUACUCGUUUCAAGAUAGAGAAUAUUUGUAUUUAGUUAUGGAUCUGCUUUCGGGGGGAGAUCUGAGAUAUCACAUCGGAAGACAUAGAAAGUUUAAUGAGGAACAAACAAGUAUUUUCUUGAUUCUAAAUAAUAUAGAGUUUUUCAGUGCAUGUAUAAUAGUGGCAUUGGAAUAUUUACAUCAGUAAGGGAUAUUACAUAGAGAUUUAAAGCCAGAAAAUUUAGUCUUUGAUGGCAACGGUAUUUCAAUGUCAUUAUUAAGUUAGGAUACUUGAGAUUAACAGAUCUUGGCAUUGCAAGAAUUUGGAAACCUGAAAAUUCUUAAGACACUAGUGGAACUCCAGGAUACAUGGCACCAGAAGUUAUGUGCAGUAUCAUAUCCAUAAUUAUAAUUUUAUAGGGCAUAAUCAUGGAGUAGCAGUAGAUUACUUUGCAUUGGGAGUGAUAGUAUACGAAUGUAUGUUGGGAAGAAGACCAUAUUUGGGAAGAAGUCGUUAGGAAAUAAGAGAAUAAAUGCUAGCAAAGUAGGCUGCCAUAAAGAGAUAAGAAGUACCUCCAGGAUGGAGUUUGGAGGCUGCUGAUUUUACAAACAGAGUAAGUCAUUUGUGUUUAAUAGGUUAGUUACUUUAAAGAAAACCAUAGAAUAGGUUGGGGAACAAUGGACCAGAUGAAGUAAAGGAACAUCCUUGGUUUAAAGACUUCAGUUGGGAGAAGUUGAUUAGCAAGGAAAUGAUUGCACCUUUUAUACCAAAUGUAAAAUUAGUUAAAUAGUGAUUAUUAGGGUAAUGAGGACAAUUACCUACCAUCAGACAGUAGAAGAGAUUCAGACGAUACGAUGAAUGAGGAUCAAUAAAUUAUGUUAAGGAGGAAUUCUAUACAAAGUAAGAGGAAUCAUGAUUGUUAGAUUUAUUUAAUGGCUACGAUUAUGAUAAUAAUGCCAGUGUUCCAAGCAGUUAGAUUGCUAUUUCGAGUACUUCGUCAUCUCGAGUCACAAAAUAACCAACGACUACUAACACACCAAAAUCAGCAAAGUUGGCCUAAAAGCUAAAAAAUUGA